AUGGAUGUUCUAAGUGGAUUUCACUUAAGAGAUCUUUUGUGUUUUUCUGCAGAGAAUGGCAAAGUCAUAGACAUUUCGUCUUCUGCACUGACAACCGUCCCAAGCAACUUACUAAACCAGGCAGAAGUAUUGGAUUUAUCACAAAACAGCAUCACUGAAAUUCAUAACCAGGACUUUGCUUCUCUUCACUGGUUAAGAAAUCUGAACUUGUCCAGCAAUAGAAUCAACAAUGUAGCAAAUGCUUCCUUCAGGUCUAAUCAAAAUCUAGGAUGUUUAGACCUUUCUAAGAAUGAACUUUCAAGUAUUGAAUGUCAAUUUUUAUAUAAUGUUACAUCCCUCAAAUACUUGGAUAUUUCUUAUAAUCGUUUUCAUUGCCUGGCCCUUGGGAAAGCAUUUAGGUUGUUGAAAAAUCUGGAAUAUUUAGGCCUAGGCAGUAGGGAAACAAUAAACUUACAGAAAAAUGAUCUGAAAGAAAUAUCAGAAAAACAGUUUCAAGAAGUUUCUAUCGGAUUAAAAUAUUUGUCUGAGUAUGUUCCCGGUACUUUACUGGUUUUGAGAACAACUAAACUCCACAUUAUUUUGCCAUCUGCAGGCACAUCAGAUUUACUUGAAAAGCUCUUGCGUGAUGCCUUCAUGUCUUCUGAUACUUUGAAAUUAUCAAACAUUGAUUGCUUUCAAACAUGUAUCAAUUAUAUUAAAGGCUUUCAAACAGUAGAAAAAUUGUCAAGGGUUAGUAGUUUGUCAGUAGAAGAUUUUACAAUCUCUUGGCAAGAUUUAAUGAGCAUAACAGAGCUUAUUUGGGAGACACAGGUUAAACAUUUAAGUCUUUUGAGCGUAACAUUAAAUUACAUUGAGGAUCCUGAAUUUCAGUAUUCAGACAAAGUAUUGGAAACAUUAAUUAUUAGAAGAUUAAGAAUUGCUACAUUAUAUUUCAAUCAACAAAUCAUUUAUGAUUUCUUUGCCAAAAUAAAAGUUAAAAGUCUAGCUAUUUCUAAUUCGAAUGUUAUAUUCCUGACCUGUCCAGAGCAAGGAAACCUUUAUCAGUUCAUGGACUUUACAGAUAAUUCAAUUACCAGUGAUUUUUUCUUGCAAGGGUGUGAUUCCCUGAUUUUUUUGGAAACUCUUAUUUUACAGCAGAACAAAUUAUUUCAAUUUUACAAAUUGAGUACAAUGACCCAAGAUAUGAAAUCCCUUAAAUAUAUGGAUGUGAGUCAAAACCAACUUAAUCUUAAUGAGAAAGGAAAAUGUCUUUGGACCAACAGUUUAAAGAAACUGAACCUGUCAUCAAAUAGUCUGACAGAUUUGGUUUUUACAUGCCUACCCAGUAACCUGGAAGUCCUUGACAUGGAGAAAAACAAUAUUUAUACUGUGCCCAAAGAAAUACAUAAUCUGGAGAUGUUGAGAGAAUUAUACCUUGGCUCUAAUAAGUUGGUUAGAUUGCCUGAAUGUGGCAACUUUAGAAAUCUUGAGAUGUUGUAUGUUGAGGAAAACUUAUAUCAAGAACCUUCUACCAAUUUCCUUCAAACUUGUCAAAGGCUGACCAGACUGAAUGCAGCCUCUAAUCCAUAUGCAUGCACCUGUCAUCUGAGAGACUUCAGCAGGAUGAAGGAAAAUACCCAAAUAGAACUGGUGGGAUGGCCAGAGUCAUAUCAGUGUACUUAUCCAGUGAAUCUUAGAGGAACUCUACUGAAGGAUUUUCAAAUAUCAGAAAUGAUGUGCAACACAGCUCUUUUAUUGGUGAUUAUACUGGGCAGUAUGUUUGUUUUAGCAGUUGUAAUGGCACUGACAUGUCAUUUUUUGGACUUGCCUUGGUAUUUGAGAAUGAUUUGUCAAUGGACCCGGAUGAAGCGCAGAACGAUGAAGACAGACAGCCGCCAAUUAAGUGAACAUUUGAUCUAUCAUGCUUUUGUGUCUUAUAGUCAUAAUGAUUCUGCGUGGGUGAAGGAACAGUUGUUGCCAAACUUGGAAGAACGAGAAAACCCAUUCAGGAUAUGUCUUCAUGAAAGACAUUUUAUUCCUGGCAAAGGAAUUAUUGAAAAUAUAAUCAAUUGUAUAGAGAAGAGUUACAAAUCAAUAUUUGUUUUGUCACCCAACUUUGUUCAGAGUGAGUGGUGUCAUUAUGAACUGUAUUUUGCGCAGCACCAGGUAGUAAGUGAACAGUCUGAUAAUUUGAUAUUGAUUAUUUUGGAGCCAAUUGCUCAAUACAUGAUCCCACCCAAAUAUUAUAAACUAAAAUCACUUAUGGCAAAGAAGACUUACUUAGAAUGGCCUAAAGACAAAAGCAAACAGAGACUAUUUUGGGCCAAUUUGCAAGCAGCAAUAGGAAUAAAACUAGCUGUUUCAACAGAGGAGACAUGGCUGUAAAUUGUGAUCAAUUGAAUUCUGAGCUGUGUCUUAAUAACUUUCAUUGCACUCUAUUUUUAAUUCUCUUCAUCUAAUAAUAUUGUUUUGUAGAAUUAUAUUGAUAGAAGAUAAUCCAGAGAUUACUGAUGCAAUUAUCCAAGAAAAUCUCUUUCGGUGGAGUUUUGGCUGCAAUCACAUGUUGUCUUCAGACUGAAAGAUCAAAUUGAAGGAAAAUAGUAACAUGCAAAUAAAGGAAGGAAAGCAGGAACAUUGGAUAAAAGUUGGAAUGGUGGGAGGGGAAAAGUGGGAUGGGGUGGGCAGAAGGGUAGGAGAUGAAGAAAUGUACCCAGUAGGCACACUGAAGUUCUAAAAUGAUAGUUGGAAAUUUCUCCAUACAGCUAGAAAGGGACUUUGUGCAUGAGGUACUACAGACUCUAUACAGCAAAGCAAGUGCUUGAAAUAGACAUAGUGCAUUCAGCACUACAGGCUCCAUAUAUCAAAACCAAGGAGUUGGAAAUGCCUUUUUUUUAAAAAAAAGAAAGACAUGAAAUAUGCUGGCUAAGCCAUGUACAAUCAUCCAUGAGAUAUCAAAAGAUGUUAGGCUUCAGGGUAAGAGAUAAGCUCCAGAAAAAUUGUGGAGGUUAUUAACCUAUAUUGACAUGACUGAGGCUAGAAGUGAGAGAACCAAUGUCUAGAACCAGGACAUCCUGACAUACAUCAACCUUCUAGAAGUGGCAAGACCCUUAAGAAUAAUUACAGGAAAAUGAUAGAUAAACAUCUUUUAUGCAUGCAGGUAUGAAUGUAAUUUGAUUGUCUCAAAAUUCUUCCAUAGCUGCAACUGAUUUUACCUUUGAUUUCUCUUUUGUUUUGGGACUACUGUAGCCAUUGUCCUUUUUAUAAGAGGUGCUCUUUUAUUUUUGCUAGUUGCUUUUUCAUCUAUCAUCAAACAAGUAUUAUUUUUGAGACACUUUGAUUUCAGUAUUAGAUUCAUUUAAAUUAUUCAAGUAUUUCUUUGCUGAUGAUCAUUUGAAAUUUGACAAUGUGAGUUCAUAACCUAUUACAAUCCAUGAUAGUGUGAUUGAGUGUCUUUCUUUCCCAUCCUAACGAGGGCCUCAACCAAAAAUGCCGACUAUCUAUUUCCCUCCAUGAACACUGCCUGACCUGCUGAGUUCCUCCAGCAUUUUAUGUGUGACUGUGAUUCAUAGAGCUAUUGAGCAAUACAGCAUUAAUGCAGGUUCCUCAGCCCAAUAAAUCUAGUCUGACCACUGUGCUCACCCAGCUGGUCCCAAUUUCCUGCAUUUGGCCCAUAUCCGUCGAGGCUCACCCUUCUGUGUACGUGCUCAAGUGCUUCUUAAGUGGUAAUAUUAUAAAUGCCUUAACCAGUUCUUCUGGCAGCUAGUUCCAUAUCUGCAACACCCUCUGCAUGGAAACAGUUGCCCCUCAUGUCCUUUUAAAUCUUUCUGCUCUCUCCCUAGACCUAUGCCCUCUAGUUAUUGAUUCCACCACCCUAGGGAAAAGCCUGAUACCAUCCACCUUAUCUAUAAACCUCAUAAUUUUAAACUUUUCUGUACAAGUUGCUCCUCAUUCUUUGACAUUCCAAAGAAUAAAAGCCUCACCUGACUACCUUUCCCUAUAACUCAAGCCCUCAAGUCCAGACACAUAACAGUGUCAUCGGAACUGUACACAGGACACCAAGUGCAGGCUGGCCAACGAUCAUAGCUGACUCAAAGCUUCAGCCCUGAGGAUAUUCACUUAAAUUUAUGAUUGUGUACAAAACUUUCAAAAAAAGAACUUCAUGAUAUGCAUUUUAAGUUGAUGCCUUUGUUGUGGAUUUAUUUUGAAUAAAGUUUACUGAAGCAACAGCAAAAAGAAAGAGUGCUUAAUCAAAAACAAAAAAAAAGCUGUUUCAUUCUUGAAGAACUACAAGUUACAGUUUCUGGUGGGAAAUAAUCUAAAACAUCUCGUUUUAUGCAUUUGCAACCCAAGUGUAAUUUAACCAUUACGAGAAAAGGCACACAUGCUUGCUUUAAAUCAAUUCAGUCAUAUAUGUGUCUCCAUUUACUAAACCAUUUUGGUGUUCAUGUUCUGGAUGGUAAACAUAGAUAUGAUGAGCUGAAACAUGCCUGUCUUUGUAUUACAGGAUCCUAUAUGACAGUUCUUUUAAUUUGAUGAUUGAGACAUGCUACUGAAUGUUUUUAAACUACCAGCUCAAACGAUGUUCAAAUAAAAUGUUUUGGAGUUAUGACUGGUGCCUCUCAAAAUUGUGACAUGCUUUAAAAACCAAUUGAACUUUUAUAUAGAGAAGAGAUGUUCUCUCUGAUUAGGAAUGUUACAGGUUCAUAUUACAGUUUACUAAUGGCAGAAUUGUGCUUGAUUCUUGUAACUUGACCAUGCUGUCGCCCUCCUUACCCAUUUACAUUUGUCAAUCUGCCACACCGGUGGAUUUUCUGCAACUCUGUGGACCCAGAUGUCUUGGAAGUCAGGCUAUGAUGUCAACGUGAAGCGGACCACAAGUAACUAGUAGACCUGUUUGAUCCUAUCUCACAAUCCCAUGUAUGGUUGUGCUGCUUGUGGUAUGGGGACUUGUUGGGUCAGGUCAUCAUGUCCAGACCUACUGCAGAGACUUCAAUUAACUCUGAAAAGUAAUUGCAUGUCUCUGAUGAUCAGAAAAAUUGAAAUAUGUUUCAACAUAUUGAGAUAACCAAAUAAAAAAUG